GAAUAACAGAAUUACAACAAAACCGCAAAAAACUCAUUUUUCGUUUUACAUAUCGCUGCGCAUAUGGUGCUUGAUGAUUAAAUAAUUUUCCAAGUUUAUUCCCCCGUGAAAUGUUACGAAAUUGUAUAAAAACUUUACAAUAUUCUAUUAAUGGUGCCAGAAAAAGUCCUCACCGCUCGGUAGUGCAAAUCCGACAAUGUUCUUCCGCCAGCGAAAGGUUCGAAUUGACGACGGACGAACUGUUCGAACAGUUCAAGGACAAAAUUCGCUACAGCUCGUUUGUGGAAAACCAAAUACUAAAGUUAGGAUACCGGCGCAAUAAGAUUCUCGAGUCGCGGUUGGAGAAAGCCCGACGUGAUCACAUUACCCAUCAGGCACGGGCCAGACCGUUUCCGAUUGCCCUUGAGCAGCUGUACGGCGAAAGGAUUCAGGAACCAUCGCCGGUCGAUGCCGAGGAGUCGGAGGAAGUGGUCGAUUACUUCCCGUACCAGAAACUGAUCCGCAAGAUUGAACAUGCUCCCGUAGAGGAUUUACCCGAGGAUGUCGCUCCCUCAACCGGUCAGUGGAUGUCCGACUACGAGUACUACGAAGAGGAUGAGGACGACGAUCGGCAGUCAUUGUACGGAACACCGGAUCCGAAAGAGCCGGUUUCCAACGUGCCUUGUGGGGGUUGCGGUGCAUUGUUGCAAUGUGCUGAACCUAGCAUUUCCGGCUAUUUGCCAAGCCAGUUGUUUAAGAACCGCUCGAAGCAGCAGUUGAUGACCAGCAUUUGUCAGAGGUGUCACUUCUUGAAGAACUACAACACGGCUAUCAACAUCACCGUGUCGCCCGAGGACUACAUCGAAAUGAUUUCAUCUAUUCGGAACAAGAAAGCGCUGGUGCUGCUCUUGGUAGAUCUCUUGGACUUCCCGUGCUCAAUUUGGCCGGGCCUGUCGGAUAUUUUAGGGCCUGAGCGAUCCAUCAUCGUUGUGGGCAACAAAGUCGACCUUCUCCCUCGCGACUGCUCUGGAUAUCUUGACAAUAUUCGCAACAAUCUGACCAAAACCUUCCUGGAAGCAGGCUUCACCAAGAACAAUAUCAAACACGUGUCUCUUAUAUCGGCUACCACCGGCUACGGCGUCGAGCAACUUAUCACCAAAAUCCACAAUGUCUGGGGAGUGCGUGGCGAUGUGUACCUCGUCGGUUGCACCAAUGUUGGAAAGAGCUCACUUUUCAACGCACUACUCCGCUCAGAUCUCUGCAAAGUCAAAGCUUCUGACCUGGUCCAGCGGGCAACCGCCUGCCCCUGGCCCGGAACCACCCUUAAAAUGCUCAAAUUCCCCAUCUUGAGACCGUCGGACUAUCGCCUCUAUCUUCGCUCGAAGCGCCUCCAAUCCGAACGGGUUAUCCUCGCCGAAGAAGAGAAACUUCGACGGCAUCAAGCUCGCAGCACCGGAUCGCCUCAAUUCGCCACCCUUAUCGGACACAUCGGUCAGACAUUCGCCGCAGAAAAAGCGCAAACUAGCGACCACUUCUCCGUAUCGCAAAAUAGCGGCGGAGGCGCGGCACCCAUUCUUACAUUGAACGAAAAAAGCGACGACUACAUCAACAGCAAAUGGUGCUACGACACUCCCGGGGUGGUCCAGCCUGAACAAAUAACCAAUCUUCUCACCACGGACGAGCUUCUCCUGACCCUCCCGAAGCAGAUGAUCCGCCCAAGAGCGUACCUCAUGAAGACCGGGCUCACUCUGUUCCUGGCCGGUCUCGGUCGACUGGACUACAUCGAGGGCCCCGAAUCUACGCGCGUUCUCCUAUACGCCUCUCCGAACCUUCCGACGCUGAUUUGUGACACCGAGCAUGCCUCCGAAAUCUACCGAAAUUUUCUGGGAACCGAUUAUCUCCGAGUGCCACGAGCUGGUCCCGAGCGCCUGGCCAAGUGGCCCGCACUGCAAGCCGGUCCGGACAUAUUGCUGUGCGGCGAGGAGAAGCACAUUUCCGUAGCGGAUGUGGUUCUCUCGUCGGCCGGUUGGAUUUCCAUCAACCUGUCGGCCGAUUCGGAAGCCGUAUUUCGGGCGUGGACCCCGGAACGUAGGGGAAUCUUUGUGCGGCAGCCCGCACUUUUGCCCUUCGGUAUGCGGCUAAGGGGGAAACGGAUACGCGGAAGUUUGGCCUACCGAGACGGGGAUGCGUUUGUGAAGCAAUGAGUUAAGUGUUGUUCAGUACUUAAAGGUAAGGUAUAUAAUUGUUUAAUUGAACGAUUUCUAAUAAGGCAAAUUGAA